AUGAGAUCUUUCUCGAAUGUGAUCAGAAACCAUGAAGAUAAUGAAAUUGUGACUUCCGUCAAGAGAAACUAUCCGGCUAUGGGAUCCAUUGAUUCUACCUCCGAUUUGGGGGAAUUCCUCAUUCUUGAUGAUAUCGUAACUGUAAGGGCAGCCGAUGUACAUCAAGUCCCCAUUCUUACCUACCUUCAGCCUGGCAAGGGCGUGGCUGAUUUUCAACUAUUUACUGGCCAGAAUCUGGACAGGUUCGUUGAUCAAGCUACCAAAGAAUAUAUACGAUGUGGUUGUGCACCAGAUCAAGGCCAAGUGAUUACCCCUGCAGGUCCAUCCGAUGUCGAUCAUGUGGUAUCGUUAUUCGCAUUGAAUAGAUUAGGAUAUACCGUUCUGCUCCUUUCCCAAGACUUGCAGUGCGCACCGGCCAUUACAAAUCUUCUCAAGAUGACAAAUUGUGAUACGAUCAUUUAUCCAAAUCUAUCUAUGCUCGUUUCAAACUUAUCGCAAACCAAGAAAGAUUUUCUUCCCAGAAAACUGAGAAUGAUUUCUAUGGCGACGCGUGAAAUAUUCGACAGGUCUGAAGUACUAGCGGAACCUCGUUUUAUCAGAAAGUUUGACAAGCAUGAGGAAGGAAGGUGGCGAUAA